GGUGUUCAACUUGGCUACCAUCAGAAUGCAACUGACUUCUUCCUCAAGGAAGAAGAAUGGCAAGUCAGCAUUAAUAUAUCCUCGGAUGAUUUUGCUAAAAAAGGGUCAGUGAUUGUAGGGUGUGUGUACAAAGAUCUUCAUGAAUUACUGCUGAGAAAUCAAUCUACUGGGGAAAAACCUAACACCUCUAGGUAUGUUAACACCAGAAUAAUGACGGCAGCGAUGAAUCCUAAACCUGAAAAAUUACGACGAGAUGUAAUCUUGAAGUUCAAAAACCUACAGGUCGUUGAAGAAGAGAAGCAUUGCAUGUUUUGGAGUGGUUUAGAAAAUAGUCCGGAUGGGUUUUCAGAAGAGGGUUGUCGUGUGGAUCAUUCGAAGAGCAACUCAGAAGAAACAAUUUGCAGCUGCAAUCAUUUGACUCAAUUCGCUGUCUUAGUUGACUUCAUUAUUAUUAUUAUUAUUAUUAUUAUUAUCCACAUCAUUGUUUUUACCUUGCUUCCAGACUAG